AUGAAUUUUAGUGAACUAAUCACGGUUGUUUUCAACAAUGAUAGUGGAAUGAAAUUUUUACAAAAAGAUAAUGCAAUUAAAGUUAGUGGAAUGUGUGAAGAUAUAAUGUUUAUUAAAGGAUCGCGAUGGCGGUGUCAGAAAAAGAAUUAAUAAUUGGCCGACUAGUUCUAGACAACCAAUACACGCAAUUGUCCAUUUCAUAUGCUACUGGGCCCGAGAAAUGUCUUCAGUAACAUUUUGUAAACGUGAACUUAAAAUUGGGCAAAAUGAUGUGGUCGAUUGGAGUAAUUAUCUACGUGAGGUAUGUGUAUGGAAGUUAGAAAAUAAUCAAAAUAAACAAAUUGUUUGUCCCGGUCUUUUUGUCAAAAUGGAUGAAAGUUUAUUUGUUUGGAUUUUUGGAGGAAUUCAUCGGGAAACCAAAGCGUGUUUUAUAAUUUGUGUAUCAGAUCGAUCGGAGAAAACAUUGUUACCUAUAAUACAAAAAAAUAUAAGAUCAGACUCAAUAAUUAUGUCAGAUUGUUGGAAAGCUUACAAUAAUUUGCAGCAAGCGGGUUUCCAACGUAAUACUGUUAAUCACACCUAUAAUUUUGUUGAUCUGGACACAGGGGCACACAUCUGAAACAUCGAGAGUUUGUGGGAAUAUUGCUCAAUGGGGAAAUUAAAAGCGUCGUGAAACUAAUAGAAAUUUUAUGGAAUCGUAUUUGGCAGAAUUUAUGUGGAGAUCAUGUGGAACAAGAUGCAUUUAAAACUAUCUUAAAAGAUAUUUCUGAGUUCUGGUCUCCAUUGUAG